UUUUCUAGUGGCUCGUGACUAGGAUUCCUAGUGACUCGAUGUUGUGAUGUGCGGUGUCGUGGUGGCUUUCUACUAGAGUGUAUCGACUUCCGCUCACACCUGUCCCACUUUGGCUUGGGAGAAGUUCGUGAUGUGUGGAGGUGACACCGAAGGCACCACAGCAGAAAAGCACACAAACCAAACCCAAAUCGCGUAAUAGUGUGUAGUGCGUGCGUGCGUGCGAUCAACUCGCUCUCCAAUCAACUUCAAGACGAGGCUCUAAUCGACCCGGCCACCAACCAGGUGGUGGCUUCUGCAAGGAUCUCCUGCACGCGAGCGCGAAUCGCUUCAGCCGCAAGUUUAGUGUGUGGCACCCGAAGCCACAGCUACGCAUGGUGAGAUGCUCCCAAGUGAACAGCGACAUGAUGAAGCGACCCAGGGAACGACCGGCACCAAGCACCAGGUAGCAAUCAGGGGGGGCGACAACAACGCCGCCCCCGACGACGACGACGAGGUCGAAACAGUCAACCGUGAAGAGGAAAUCAUCAAGAAGCGUAAGACGGAGUUGACCACCACGCGGCAAACGGAGACCCGCAUCAAGCGGCAGCUUCUGUUUGAGGAUGGCAAAGUCAUCGAGGACUCCGGGCCGAUCGUGUCGACCAACACGAUGGAAGACACCGACCGACAGGAGACGGUGCAAACCGAGCAUCGCGCACUGGGCGAUCCAGCGAAGGAGCAACCGGGCACUUCCGAUGAGCGGCAGGACGAGCUGGGGCGUGAUUGCGGCUUGCCGGCAGCACACGCGAAGGGAGCCGAAAGCACCAGCACAACUACCACACCAAAGAAGCGCGGCGAUGGCACCACCGUCGCGGCCCUGCCCGACGGGCUGCUGCGCAACGUCAAGGAGGAGGUAUCCGUUUCGCGCGAACACACCACCGAGCGCACCGAGGUGGCCGAGCAGCAGCAUUUCGGUGAUUUUAGCGACGAGGCGUACCUUGGUGUAGUCCGCAGUGGGGUAGGGGGAGACAUCCGGGAGCUGCUGCUAUCGGAGAAGGCACGCGCGGAGCUCAGCCCGCCCGGCCAGCCGCAGGUCGUUCAGCACACGGUCCAGACGAAGAAAGUGAUCGACCGAGAGGACACGGACAUCCGGCAGCUGGUGAAACCGGACGGCACACUGGUGACGGAGAAGCAGCAAACGCGCCAGCACGAGGAAGUGCACGACGACGAGCUGCCGCCGGACUCGGGGCCGUACCCGCUGCCCAGCUUGGACCAGACGCAUAACGACGAACGACUGAUCGAACAGAAGUCGUCCGCGCAGCGCUACUACAAGCAACGCGACGAACAGCAUGUGGAUCUGCUGGAGAACGGUAGAGUGAUUGGCCACGAGAUGCGGUACGCGGCGGAGCAGACACAGCUGGAGAAGGACGGCCAGACGGUACCCGGUGAACCGGGCAUGUUGUCGGACUGGGACAGUCUGUCCGAUCGGUUGCGCAAGGCGCGCCGGUUGGGUCGCCACCCGAAGGAACUGGCACCACUCGGCCCGGGGAACAGCAAAGCCAACCAACAUGGGGCUGGACUGGGUUUCCCGGCGACCGGCGGCCCGGGCCCAGGGCCGAACGAUCGACUCGAUGCGCUCACCAAAAAGCCGCUGGACUUCGACAUGGAGGAGGAAACGCGUAAGCACGAAACGAACAAGUGGCUCGAGUGCCACUUUGGCAGCGAGUCACGCUCGUCGCGCGACUCGCACGAGGAACUCGACGAGCUGCUGGUGGAGCCGACGAAGAAAACCUACUUCAACGUGACGAUCAAGUCAAACGACGGAACCAGCUCGUUGCUGGGCACUGAUACACCCGAUCAUCGCCUGAAUUACUCUGCCCCGAGGGCUUCCGCGGGUGUCAAACGGGACCCGCUGGAUGCUAUUAAGGGGGAGCCUACCGGCCUCUACCCUGCCGUCACACCGCUGAAUUGGUCCAACCGUGGGCCAGGAUCGUCGUCUCCUGGCUGCCGCGAUCGGCGAGGAUCACGUGAAGAUACACCGUUCGGUAGCGGUGCCGGUGGGCGUGGUGGGUACCGUAAAGGGUUCCGCGAAACCAAAAAGCACGAAAGCCCGGAGCAGGUGGUGACAGACAAGACGGGCAGCUACAUUACGUCUCCACCGUACGUCACGGAACCACGAGCGACGGAGCUGGGUGGAGAUGGUCCGCGAGAUCGGCCUCCCAGGCAGCCGUACGGCGCCCAUCCAGAGCAACCGGAUGGCAGACCGCAGGUUCCGCAGCGUCGUAAGCAGCUCGCACAAUCGUUCGCAGCAUCACGAGAGGAUCGCUCGCUCCAGGAGCACCAGCCACUGCAGCACCAGGCUCGGCAACAACACCUACAGCAGCAAUAUCCCCCGAAUGCCCGGCAACAGUAUGAGGUAAAGCCGGCUAGAGGGGUUGCAAUAGUUCAUGGGUACGGCCCACGCAGUCGCUCGGUGUCACCGAUUCCAAUACCGCCCGUAAUGCAGACGAUGCGCAAGCCUUACCAGAAAACGCGUUUCAGCAGCAUUCAGGAUCUGAGUCAUGGUCACGGCCAGGGCGGUGGCGAGCGAUCUGUGAGCAGACCGCAGAGCGCACUGUCGAAGUCGAACUUCGUUGGAUCCGCCAUAGGAAAGUCGUUUCGCAAGCUAAUGGGCAAGAUACGCUCCAACAGCGCUGAACGGAAGCUGAAAAUGAAGAGCUCCAAGCUGCAGCAACAGCAGCAGCAGCAGCCGCAACGGUCUUCGUCGCCCGUAUCAUCACUCGUUGGACAAGGGUCAGCGCGGCUCAAGCACCAAUCGACGACUUACCAACAGUACAACGUGAUCGACGGUCACAUCAGUAAUAGUGGUUCGCCGCCGCCAACCCUCGAACAGCAACGGGACGCUCACGUCGCGACGGACCUGCCGCUCUCCGAUGGACCGGACCGACCCACGCUCAGAAGGAACGGGCACAGGACGCAACAGCACCAGCCGGAAGUGGUGGAUAGCACGAGUGGCAGUGGUCUUGCGCCUAGACAAACGUACUAUCUCGGUGAGAAUCCUUACGGUGCAGGCAUCUACGGCAAAGAGAACAAGUAUAGUGAUGCAACGGCCACCGACAUGUCUGACACCGUCGGUGUGGGACCUAAAGUGCCGGGACGGCACUACACGUCUUCGCAGCCUCGGGUCUUCCAGCAUCUGCCACACUCCAAUCGCCAUUCGAACCUCGGUAGAUUCAGCAAAAGCACCAACCGCCUACCGACAAGCAGCCAUGGUGGCCAUUACGAGCAUCCGGAGGUGCAGUAUCUGAGCCGACCGGUCGCCUCAUUGCACACCCAUAGCUCACAGACACUGCCGCGCAACGAUCUCCACCAUCAACAAAACAAGCUGCUCCACGGCUCGAAGCCAUUGCACUCAUCCACGAUCAACGUGUCGAUUGUGAAUAGGGUAAAUCUGCCGCCGACGAGCCCGGUGGCAGGCCAGUCCCAGGUGCUCGCCACCUCCGGUCCGGUCAAACCGGCGCGGUCCUACAAGACCCUCAACCGCAGCAAGUCUUUCAACGUUCACGGGCUGAACGGAACCAACGAUCCCAGUCCAAUUUACCUGGAAAAAUUGCAACGCAACCAGCAUGCACCGGUUAGCGGAUUUUAUCGGUCUAGCUCGUACUUGGAGGAGCAGAAGGAUCCAUCGUCGUUGCAGCUCAAAAGCCCGUCGAUCGUCAACUAUAUUAGUCGAAGCACGCGCGAUUUAACGAACGGACCACUGUACGAGAGUGACCGUAUUGAUGCCGUGGGGGAACCGGAUAGUGGGGGGGCAACGCCCACACUCGACAAGAAAGGGAUGUUCCUGCGGAACCUGCAGAACCGUGCCCCUGAGCUGUAUCGCACACUGCACGAAGGGGAUAUGUGCCGUGAGUCGCGCUCAGCAUCCCGCGACUAUCUCAACACUUACAUCACCCGUGGCCAGGAGCAGGCGCUCGGUUCCCGGAUACCCGUGGGCCCGAACAAGGACACGGCCAGUAUCGUACCGCGCAGUGGUUCCAGUCCCGACGAUUAUUCGGAUCAACGGAAGCACUUGACAAUCCGGAAAGGUGCCACUUUUGGAAUGGCCGAUCAGCAAAACCUACCCGUCAGGUACAGGGUAGAGUCGGAUUUGAAAUAUCAACGAAUUAAUGAUAGCCCGAACGUGGGCGGGGUGGUCAUCGAACUACGCAAUAACUCCUAACCGAUGUGCAACAUCAGGUGCCAAAACGUGAGUGGCGCCUGGCUGGAUCAUUAAUUUUACGCUAACUUAUGCUUACAUCAAAGUACUCAUGUUGUGCCACACGCAAGAGACCGCAUUCCCGUACUUCGAAGUAACUUCACUUGAUUAAUAUGAACUUUUUGUACGCCCUUAAUUGUGUUGUCGAAUAACAAUCA